UCCCUCGUAGAUCGUGCCAGGCUGCACAUGGGGUGGUAAUUGUAGUCUGGUAACCAGCUCACCUCGCAUGACUUUGGCAAAAAGCUGUAAUUUAAUUUCUCACCCAGCUGUGAUGCAGUGAAACCGCAAUGCUCGUCUUUUCCCCUGCACUCUGCUGUGUCAUGGCCUCGUUGACCUGAAAGCCACUGUGUGUAUCUACAUGUUGCUCAACUAGCAACCUCUGUCCAGUUUUCGUACCUCUGUGUGUGUAAAGGUUGCUUAAGAUGAACUGCAUGAGUGAGCUCUUUUCAGAUGAACAGAGCAAGAGCAGGGGAAGGAGCAUAAUGGUACUUCUCUUGUGGCUCGGCCUGUCGCUGCUGUUAGCUGAGCAGUCCAAUGCUGUCAGGAACUGCCACCCGAGCUGUCACUGUGAGGUGGAAAGCUUUGGGCUGUUCGACAGCUUCAGCCUGACCAGGGUGGACUGCAGAGGCAUGGGUCCCAGCUUCUCCAUGCCCAUUACCAUUCCUUUGGAUACCGCCCACCUGGACCUGUCUUCCAAUGAAAUGGGGCCGCUCAGCGAUGCAAUGUUAACCGGUCCAGGGUAUACUACCUUAAUUAGUUUGGACCUCAGCAGCAACAAAAUUACAAAGAUUAGCCCCAAUGCAUUGUCAAAGCUGCGUUACCUGGAGAGUCUGGAUCUGAGCUACAACAAGCUAGAGAGCUUGUCUCCUAGCUGUUUUUCUGGGCUCCCUCUUGCUGAGGUUGACCUCAGUCGCAACCGUUUCCAGGAGUUCGACAUGGCAGUGUUUGCUGCUAAAGUGAACGGCGAGCCCCUUAACGUGGAUCUAUCUCAAAACAAGCUCGUGUCAGUCUCCACCACCUUGCAUGGAAGAGUUUUAAACAUCCAGAGUGUCAAUUUGUCCUCAAACCAGCUGGUUAACGUACCGAGCAUGGCAGGACUUCCGCUCAGGUACCUAAAUCUGGAUGCCAACCCCAUCAAGAAAAUCAAGAAGGGUGCCUUUGCUCAACUCAAAGAGCUUGUUUAUCUGUCUCUCAGUGGUCUCAGUGAACUACAUGAAAUUGAGCCACAUACCUUCAGUGAUCUCCAGAACCUUCAAGUUUUGGACCUCUCAAAUAACUCAAACCUUAAAAGUCUGCAACCUGCAGUCUUCUCUGGACUAGAGUCUCUACAGGAGCUCAACUUGUCUGGCUCUGGUGUGACUUCUUUACCAGCUAACAUGUUGAGCCAGCUCCCCAGCAUCAAAAGUGUCACCCUUGGACAAAGCAUCCACUGCUGGAGGACACAGAAACAGGGACAGUUCCAUCGACAGAUAGGGCAGGUUCAACAUAACGAGGAGCUGCACUGUAACGUAGACGGCAUUGUGUUGUGAGACUGGACCACUCAGUAGAUCUGAGACUCAUUUGCUUAGAUAUGCAGAACACUCUUGAGCGGCUCUAGCAUGGCUAAAUCUGCUCCUAGGCGAUACUGUGGAUCAUACCAUAUCAUCUUAAUGUAGCUUUUAAAAAAUACUUUGGACACUUUAAGAGCAUGCUGUAUUUUCUGAACUACAGAGACCAACUUCUGUCAUGAAAAACAGAAAAUCCACCGUUUUUUUUCCUUUUCUUUCACACAAGUGUUUUAAGUCAUACAUUUCACUUCAAAGUUGUCUUAAGAUGUAAUUGAACUUAUUCCUUACGCAACAUCUUUUUUUUUCUUAAAUAAUGUCCAUAUACCAUUCAGAGAUAAUGGUUGUUACCAUGUAGCCACUAAUUUCAAUGGAACGUCUGAGGUGAUUGAAAUGAGACUUAAGGGAAGAUUGUUUGUUGUUCUUUAUGCUGCUGUUAAAUACCCUCUAAUUUCAGAGUUUAAAUCUUCAUAUCAUUUUGGAUCAGUGCCAAGCCAAAGAAGAACCAAAAUAACCCCCACUGGAUUUGAUACAGACGUGGUGAUGCCUACUGUUAGCAAUACAUCAUAUACAAACUUAUUUCUCCCCAAUAUAUUUUAUAGAAGGCAAAAAAAGGAAACACAAAUAGAAAUGCACACUAUUACCUGUUUUAGGCCGCCAUGUUGGAUCUCAGCUCAGGGUAAGAGUAUCUCACUUACCCGGUCCAGUGAGGUAUUAUUUAGCUUCAAUCAAAAAUGUCAGAGAAGGUUUGAAUAUCUUUACUGUUUGAAAUAAAUAUUUGCGUGUCUGCAAAGAUAAUCAUUUUACGACAUUCAAAUGAAUACAUUCUGUUUUAAAUAAACACCCCAAAAAUGUUUUUAUAGGUUUCAAGUGUUGGUUGUAGAGAAUAUUAUUUUAGUUGCUCUGCUCUUUAUAGGCAAACUCGAAUAUUAGCAAUAACAGAUGGAAGACGGGCAGCACUCUAUAGCCAAAGUAAACCCUAGUAACUGGUCAUUUAUUUGGCAUGUCAAUAAAAUAACCUUUCUAAAGUUCAGAGUUCAGGCAUUUUGGAAGUCAUUCUAAAACCUUGGCAAACCUUGAGACAUGCAGCUAGUCUGUCAUUACACCACACCUUAUGUGAAUUUGUUUGCUCACCUCCAGGGAAACACAUUUAUUAAAAUCAAAUGAUCACAGACUUUCACCAGUAAGCUUCUCCCUUUAAUUUUUUUUUUUUUUUAUUACUUUGGCCAGGAUGUAAUCAGACGUCAGUAUUGAACAGGCUACACAUUCAACACUUAAAGCCUUUUCUGUAGUUUGAAUGCUCUCAUCUUUUUGUUACUUUAAGCUGAAGGACAAACACGGGUUUUCAAAUUUUAAUGAUUUUUGAUCUGUGACCCUUUAAACUUUUUGUACAGUUUAUGCCUGUUCUGUGCACCAUUUAUUUGCUAAGCCACACUAAAUGUUUUGUCCCCAACAAAAAUUAAACUCCAUAUCUUUUUUCUUCUCCCCUUGACGUUGUUUUUCUGACCAUUUCGUCAUGCUUAUGGCCUUUACCACUAUUCCUAUUGAUUGCACCUUUGUCUCCACUGAGAUUACACAGCAAGAGUAAACAAGCAGGGAGCAAGUUGACCGAAAGGCCUUGAUUUACUGUCCUAUUCUGUUGUGACCAAGUCUAUUUUUUAAAGGACAAGUUGGACCACUUACAGUUUACUACAUUUUCUUUAAUAAAAUUAGACUAAGCUUGUUAUUCCUUUCGUGUAAAUAGGGACAAUCACCCUCAGAAUUGCUGGGGAAAAGCAAAUUUGCCUUUGAACUGUGUAUUUUGCUGAUAGACAAAAUGUACGUUUUGAUUUAAAGCUCAGUAUUUUUAUGGAUGUAACUAAACUGUAAAUACUUUUAUAAAUAUGUAAAUUUUAUGUGUAAUAAAAUGAUCCUUCUAACACUGUGA